UUCAUGUUACACUCAAACCUUCUAAGGUCUCCACAAUAAUGGAACCAGACGCAAAAUUAUUUCAAGUCCAAAACAACACUAUCGCUUCAAUUGUCCAACUGUACAACAAAACUGAAGAAUCGUUGGCUGACGAUGUUCUAAAUUUAAAAAACUGGAUGAAAGGUCAACAUCACCUUCCCGAAAUUUUAGAUGAUAAAAGUCUGCAAAAUUUUUUAAUCCUUAAUAAAUGUAACCCAGAAAAAGCCAAAGAAAAAAUCGACAUGUACUACACUUUCCGAAGUCAAGUACCUAAUUUGGUCAAAAACAUGAAUCCUCGAUGUUCCAACAUGAAAACCGUGGAAAAUCAAAUGUACCAUGUACCCUUACCAAAACUAACCAAAGAUAUGUACAGAGUGUUCGUGAAUAAAUACCAAAUUAAAGACAACCAGGAACAAAUUGAUCCCUACGACAUACUUAAAAUGGCUGCCAACUUGCAAGAAGUGAGAUUAAAAGAAGAUAUCAUGUUUGGAGAUGUGAUCAUUUUUGACUUAGAAUGGUCAUCUGUACGUUUCUUGUCAAAACUGACGCCAACUUUUCUUGUGACAAUGUUAACUUUGUAUAAAAAAAUAUAUUCGCUUCGAGUGAAGGGUGUCUAUGUCGUUAAUACUAUCCCUUACGCCAGCACGUUACUAGCCAUCGGCAAGACUUUGUUGAAGCCUAAAUUAUUCCAAAGGAUUCAUUUUUGCAAAGACACGAGUAUUUUGAGGGAACACUUUCCCUUAGAAAUGUUACCAAAGAAUUACGGUGGCACCGAAAAGUCAGUCGAGGAAUUGCAUGAAUUAUGUCGGCUGAAGUUUCAAGAAUAUCAAGACCGUUUCGAUCUCUUGGAUAAAUUGAGAGUGAAUGAAAGCUUAAGACCAGCCAGACUUCAAAAUGAAAACGACGAAUUUUUGGGUUAUUAUGGAAAUUUUAGAAAGUUAGAGAUUGAUUUUCAUGUUACACUCAAACCUUCUAAGGUCUCCACAAUAAUGGAACCAGACGCAAAAUUAUUUCAAGUCCAAAACAACACUAUCGCUUCAAUUGUCCAACUGUACAACAAAACUGAAGAAUCGUUGGCUGAAGAUGUCCUAAACAUAAAAAACUGGAUGAAAGAUCAGCAUCACCUUCCGGAAAUUUUAGAUGAUAAAAGUGUGCAAAAUUUUCUAAUUUUAACUAAAUGUAAUGUACAAAAAGCAAAAGAAAAUAUAGACAUGUACUACACUUUACGAAGUCAGGUACCUGAUUUGUCCGCAAAUGCGAAUCCUCGUUGUUCAAACAUGAAAGAAGUGGGAAAGCUAAUGUACCAUGUGCCCUUACCAAAAUUGACCAAGGAUAUGUACAGAGUAGUCGUGGAGAAAUACCGAACUAAAGACAAAGUGGAUCAAAUUAAUCCCUAUGACAUACUUAAAAUGGGUUUUAACUUGCAUGAAGUUAGAUUGAAGGAAGAUAUCAUGUAUGGAGAUGUGAUCAUUUUUGACUUGGAAGGAACAUCAAUACGCUUCUUGUCAAAACUAACACCAGUUUUUCUUCUGACAUUUAUUACUUUGUACAAAAAAAUAUAUUCUCUUCCAGUGAAGGGUGUGUACGUAAUUAAUGCUGUCCCUUACGUCAGCACAUUACUAGCUAUCGUCAAGACUCUCAUCAAACCUAAAUUAUUUGAAAGGAUUCAUGUUUGUGAAGACGCGAAUAUUUUAAAGGAGCACUUUCCUUUAGAAAUGUUACCAAGGGAUUACGGUGGUACCGAAAAGUCAAUCGAGGAAUUGCAUGAAAUGUGCCACCUGAAGUAUCAAGAAUAUCAAGACCGUUUCGAUCUACUGGAUAAAUUAAGAGUGAAUGAGAAUUUAAGGCCAGCCAGACUUGCAAACGAAAACCACGAAUUUUUGGGAUAUCAUGGCAAUUUUAGAAAAUUAGGUAUUGACUAACACUUAUUUUGCACUUUAUCGAAACAUUGUUUUCCUUGCUUAAGAUUACAUAUGUAUAAUAAGGGAAGAAUUGGCUU